CUCCUCAGUAUGAACAUGUGUUGGUCUGAACGUUUUAGUUUCAAUGUGCCUUUGAACGAGACACUCUCUCAAAAAAUAACAAUCUAGACGGAAUUGUGUGGGAUCUUAUUGAUGUUUGAGACAAAGUUUGUGGUUCAAAGGCGACAUUUUGGACCGGAACGAACACCGUGUAACUUUUGAGCAACUUUCUACAGCCUUUGCUUAAGGGACCGUCGUCAAAUGUGUCACCACCGUGAGGCGGAGUGUAGUGCGCGGCCGUUCCCCCCACUGCGCCACUUUAAGUAAAAAGGGAAGCCUUGAAACCUCCAUGUUUGUAUCUUGAAAUUGCGAGCGGAGUCGAGCACCAUAUUGAAUCAAAGUUGCCAACUCCUUAACAAAUGUGCAGCAACUUUUGCACUUCAAACGUUAUCGGUCACUUGAGCGGACGACGUGAGUCAAAGUGGAAUGGACGCGCUGUAGGCGGACUUGUGGCGCUACUUUCCGGCGCAUUUCAGGGCGGUUUUCGUUUCUGUGAAGUUCAUGCUACACCGGAGUCCGGCGAACAAUCCCGAACUUUAAAAGCGUGAGGUCAGCGUUCUGGACCAGGACCUGGAUGUGAUGGACAAUUCGUCCUCUAUAAUCACCCAAGUCAGCCGGGAUGAAGAGGGAAGUCGAGCCGCAGCGGAGAAGGGUUCCUCUCCCUCUCUGUCGUCCAAGAAGCCUCGGAGUGGGGGCCUCUUCUCCAACCUGUUCUGCUGCGUGUGUCGGGACCAGCCUGAGCCCCAACCUGUCAACAACAACGCCCCUCUGUUAGUGGAAGAGAAUGGCACCCUCUCCAAGGCCCAGGUGAAGCCACUGUUGCCGCCAGUGAAGUCGAAAGACGCUGGAAAGAUCUGUGUGGUGAUAGACCUGGACGAGACUUUAGUUCAUAGUUCCUUUAAGCCAGUGAACAAUGCCGAUUUCAUCAUUCCUGUGGAAAUAGAUGGAACAGUACACCAGGUGUACGUCCUGAAGCGGCCACACGUGGACGAGUUCCUGAAGAGAAUGGGGGAGCUGUUUGAAUGUGUCUUGUUUACUGCCAGCCUGGCUAAGUAUGCAGACCCUGUUUCCGAUCUCCUGGACAAGUGGGGUGCGUUCCGCUGCCGCCUCUUCAGGGAGUCUUGCGUCUUCCACCGCGGGAAUUACGUCAAAGACCUGAGUCGCCUUGGCCGUGAGCUUAACAAAGUCAUCAUUGUGGACAACUCGCCCGCCUCCUACAUCUUCCACCCGGACAACGCAGUGCCCGUGGCCUCGUGGUUCGACGACAUGUCCGACACCGAGCUGCUGGACCUCAUCCCGUUCUUCGAAAAGCUGAGCAAAGUGGACAACAUCUACACUGUUCUCAAGCAGCAAGGGACUGCAAGCUAACGCCUCUGGGCUUUCGAUCGCAGCUCAGAACAAAACAGGCGAACAAAAGAAAACGUAAAUGACAACACCAGGUCCGUCUAUCACUGUCCUUACCCUCCCAGUAUCAAACCAGCGUCAGGUUUUUGUUUCUUUUUUAACUUUAUUUUGGCUGUCCGGCACGUUUGCCCGCAUCAGUGCUGCCACCUUAUGGUCAGACAAGUGAACAGGCGAAAGGAUGAAAGAAUGUUUCAUGAGACUUUUGGCAGCGGGGUUGUACUGGAAGGAACCAAGGUCGGGAUCUAUACAGACACCGCGGAACACAGACUGGGUACUGGACACAAUUCUCUGACAUCUGCAAACCGACUGCAUCCAGGAAUCAAGUGGAAAGGCUUUUUACGUCUUUUUGGAAUGGUUUACAUGCAAAUACAGUCAAGGACAGGGCAGACGGUGUACACGUACUGUAGCUUAUAAGUGUCUUUUAAACAUUUUCGGAGUCUGUUUGUCCCACACCCCUUAUCUUGUGAAGUGCCACUAUCUGUCUUCAGUCUCGCAAUCCUUGGCCUUUUGAAAGUUUUAGAGUGAACAGGUAUUUUUUGAGUACUUAUGACAGUGUUACGGGGUAAUUUGAUUCUUGAAAAAAAGUUUUAAUGUCGCAUGCGACUGUAAUGUCGCGUGGAACGAGGAAAUCGUGGGAAAGAUUAGACGGCACUUUACCAGUUUUAUGUUUUGUGUAAAACAGGAACAAUUUGAGCACAAAGUGCAGCCUUAUUUUGAUGCUUUUUGGAUUUUCGCUUCGAAAUAAUAAAAAAAAACAAAAGAGACAUGAACAUGCCUAGCCAAGCCCCCAACUGCAGCGUUUUUGCUAAAAACGAGAUGCUAAAUUGCAGAUGUAAACCGGAUAGAAGAGUAACUGUUGAUGGGUCUUCAAAGGCCAUUUACAAACAAAAUUUGUAUGCACACCUGUGUGUAAGUCAUUGACCAGCUGCCUCCAGGGUUAUGAGGACCAGAACAGAGAAAGAACUCCACCCACACAUUCGUCACUUCUCCACAGCAAGCGGGAAAAAAAAACUUUCAGCCGCAUUCAAUUCCUUUCUUGCUUUUAAGUUAGUGCAUAAACCUCAGAUUGUUUUGAAUUUUACAAGAUGUUUUUUUUUAACAAAAGCUGCGAUUGGCCUACUUUGUCCCUACCCCCAUUUUAUCGUGAUAAUGAGACAGUAGAUGUAAUUAACACGAAAUAACAAAUGUCAUCAUGUGAUAAAGAAUAUACCUUUUUCAACAAUCCACAGCAGAACAAAGCAGGUUGUCGGAGAAAAUGUUAAACACCAGAAGAAUCUAUCAAUUUAGAAUUGGUUACUUCAAUCGUGGUCUAUCUUAGGCGGAGGUUGUGCCGAUGUUGUCCGUCAUGAACCACAUCCAAACCAGUCAUCGUCGUUCGGGGAGAGGCUUGGCGCGGCUACAGCUGCGCAGGCGCCUGCUGUCGAGUUGAUCCUGCUGUUGUCAAUUUCAUUGGUGACCAAAUGAGGGAAUCAGGCAGUCUACAUGGUUGGACUGGAAGAACUGCGUCUCACUCAGGACUUGGUCUACAAGAUUCAGUCGUCUCUUGACCCAGAAAUGAUACAGCAGCAGCGAUGUACUAAGAACUUCUUAGUUGUGUUCACGAGGAAAAAAAAACUUUUCUCGUCAUACUGACAUAGUAAAUGUAAAUAUCCCGAAAAAAAAGGUCGAAAAAUGGUGAUUAUCACAGUAACACGGCAAAAAGAGAUGGUAAAUGUCAUUAUCACAAAAACACGGGGAAAAAGAUGGUAAAUGUCAUUGUCACAAGAAUAUGGGAAAAAAGGAAGUAAAUGUUAUCACACAAAAACAAUGUCGUUAUCGCAAGAAAACUGGCCAGAAAAAAGUAAGGUUUGCCAAUGUGGCUUCCGUAGUUUUUGAAUGGCGAACAUAAGUUGCAUUACAGGGCAUGGGAGUUUUCUUUUCCAAAAGUGGUACUCGUAGGCUGGCGAGAGUGUUCCUUUUUUUUUUUUUUUUUAACUGGAACAUAAAAGGUUUAAUUUAGUUGACCUUAGAGAACAAUAUUCCAGAUACACUUAACAAACAUCCGCAUUUAAAUGUAAUUUCAGCAUCAAAUGAAAAGCUAACAGCAAAGGAAAUGUUGCAUCGUUGACGAUGGGUUGGGGAUGUUUAUUAUGUUUUUCUUUUACAAUCUUUAGCUAAAAGGUUUGGUCAUGUAAAAUUGUUAUAUGGCUGCUAAAAGCCUUUCGUUAGCUCCCUUUUUUUUGGUUGUUUUUUUGCGUUGACAAUACAUUGUGUUGACACUGAUGAAUGAAAACGGUGGGUUGGACUAAAAGCCUGGUGAGCAGGCUUGUAAAGGGGAUGACCAAUAAAUCCACCACAUACAGAGCUAUUGUGUUAUUUUUAUAUGUUAAACAAAUCAUCAUCAAUCAAAAUAGCCAGUUCUUUCCUCUCUUUACCUAAUGUUUUUACCUAAUAAUCAAUUUGUUCAAUUGCUCUCGCUUUUGUUGUCAUGCAAGACCUGUUUGGACGCUCCUUAUAUCAGUCGAUUGACAAAUGGAUCAAGAACACCAGCAUGAUUGUAAACGUAGUUUGUUAUGGUUUAAGGCACAUAACAAGGUAACCUUUCAAAACUGUUUCAUGCAAGCCAUUGUUACAUGUCUCAUCUACCAAUAGCCUCUGGACUGAUGCCGUUUUCAGUUUAUGGACACUAAUAUUUAUAGGAAGUCAGUCAUUUUUUUGGGUCAUCUGAUUACAUUUAAAGCAAGUGUUUUGUCACUGUGGGGGCCCAUUGCCUUUUUACACAUAUGUAUAUGUUGUUUUGCACAGUAAUAAAGCAAGCAAAUUUCAUUAAUAUAUGGAAUAUUUGUGUUGCCAUACCCAUGACUCAAUAGAUGUAACCUUUUUUGUUGUUGUUGUUGUUCUUAUACCAAACGAUCUCUGGACUGUAAUAUAAUAAAUGUAAUUUCUUUCCCCUCA